CUAGAACCUCGUCAACUUUUUUAUCCGACGAACACAAUUCCUAGACUCUAUAUCCCACGGUGCAUUCGACCUCGACAUCAUCAGAACCUGAUAUCUCCAAUUUCCAUCCAUCCGGCAUUUCAUCAACCCCUAAUUCUAAAAUGGCUCUCGCAAUCAAGUCCAUCAAAAACCUCGUCCCCCUGAUGGAUCGUAUCCUCAUUCAGCGGGUCAAAGCAGAAACACGGACAGCUGGCGGUAUCCUCCUGCCCGAAGCCUCCGUCAAAGAGCUCAACGAGGCGAAGGUGCUCGCAGUCGGCCCUGGUGCAUUGGAUAAGGAUGGAAAGAGGAUAGCACCUUCUGUGAAGCCAGGCGACAAGGUCAUCAUUCCGCAGUACGGCGGUGUCGCCAUUCAAGUCGGUGACGAGACAUACAGCCUGUAUCGCGACUCCGAGAUCCUCGCUAAACUGAAUGAGUAAGAGCCUUGACGAAGACGGCGAGUGCGAAUGUAAUGUACUGUAUCAUUAUCGACAACGAGCAUCGUGUACCAUCACCAACCCGACAAAAGAUUAGUCAAUGCUUUAAACUAGGCGUGGCGUAUGCGCAGGCGGCUGGUGAUUAUCGUCAUCAAAUCAAAAAAUUUGGGUUAUUGCAUCUGCAUGGAGCGUUUCAUGAGCUGAGGAGAGAUGUGGGGGAGACUUCUGGUGGACAUUCAAUUGUUUUCUGUAUCUAGAAAGCCUUGGACGCAAUGUUUGGAAAGCUAAGAAUUAUACAGCCUCUCUGCUCUCAA